GUCGUGUUUAGAUACUCGCGUGUGUUGGCGCUUCAUUCGAGAGGCUCUCUUGACAUACAUUCGCAAUGUUCCAUCGUUUGUGGAGUCGAUAUAGACGCCUCCCAGAACGGAUGUUGUGGCUAGCUUGCUCUGUUGCUUGUAUAGUUUGUUUUAUGUGCGUGUUUUUGAGCUUGUAUUACUUAGAAGACCACCGUGAUUCACUCGCGUGCCGCGGAGGGAAUAAAGACAAUAUAGAGAGUUAUGAAACGCUAUUAAAGUCCCACCCUGCAAAUCAGCAGGACAGCCAAGAUCCAGGAAGCAUCCGAGAGAUGUUAGCUGAGAAUCUUCAGCUUCAAAGGACUGUAAAUAGACUCGCGAAUUUUGGACCUCCGACAGACAGAUCGGGUCACCUCAAUUCGUUGAAAGAACAAAGACAUGAAUACAUCCAGGUUAUUAAAGCUGAAAACGCAGAACUAAAAAGAACUAUUAAAGUACUCGCGAAUUUGGGUUCCUUUAAAGGAAUUCCACGUAGUCCUGCUGGGCUUGUUCGAUCAUGGCAGGAACGGAGUCUUAAAUACAUCACCGGUGAAUCACUUCGGUCAGGUCGAAAAGACUAUGAAAGAGAUAUUUAUCCUUCCCAGGAAACUGCAGCCUUGUUUCGUGAUACUGCGCUGAGUUGUAGAGAAAUAUCACAGAUUGAAAUAAAAGAAGAGUUAGGAAGAGGUUACACCAAAUUAACUCAACGUGGAGUGUACAAUGGCCGCGAUGUCGCUGUGAAAAGUGUUGGAUUGGAUUCUACCGAUCUUCGCAAUUGUGUGAGUGAGAAACGGGCGAAGUUGGCUGCGGAUUGCUUACUGUUUUCAAGAUAUAAAGUCAUGAAGGAACUGUUGCUCUACCAGCAGUUGAAUCAUCCUAAUGUCGUUAAAGUAAGUUGUUCAAUAUACCGCCGUGGUUUGUGUCUAAAGUACAUGAACAGAUUCAAAACACGAGCGAAGGCCAUUUGUCCUGAGGAGGUGGUCACUGUAAACCUGUACUGAUGCUUGGCCUUCGUUCAGAAACGUGGAAUACUACUUAAGGCUAGGAAUACUACUUAAGGCUAGUUUCCACUCAUGCAGGAAAAUUAAAGAUUAUUGUCUCCUUACUUUUUUUUGUCCGCGUAAACGAGAUUCCCUUGACUGGCAAGAAUAUGGGCAUUGCUUGUUGGUAAGGGAAAAUCUACACAAGCAAAUUUCCUAGUUAAUAUCGGCAGCUGGCAACGGACUGGCUCUUGGCAAGAGAAAAACAUGCGUCAUAAUUUCUCGCAAAUAAACAUUCUAGCGCUUUUUCGUUUAGUUCUGUAAAGUCGUAAUUUAUGUGGUAAAAGUUUUGAUAAAACAAGUCAGGCAUAGUUUAAGAAACGAUUUAAACUUUUUCCAUUCUGUCAAUUUCCUUUGAUGAAGUCUUAUUAAAACGUCGCGUUAACUCAGAACAUGUUUCGUUUACAUUGUAAAUUUUUGGCAAUUUGUCCUCAUUUCCUUUUCAUUCAUCUCAGUUCUAAACAGGAUAUAAUUUGCUGAUAAUAUGUAAAUCAUAUAUCACAAUAGGUUUCUAAUUCACUAAUUGUGCAACUAUUAGUCUCCUAUCGCGAUAAUCUCUGUGCUUUAAUAUCUGCAUGUUAACUCCAUUUAACGAGCUGCUGGAGUUUAUGGAUGUAAAAUACUUCGACACUUCGAACGAAAGCGUCGUGAUUAACAGGACUUUCUCUCGAUUUCGUUUUUCAGAUAGUUCAGACACAAAUCAUGACAGUUUAUUGUAGAAUACUACCUACACUGGACCACCGCGUUUGAGAUAUCUUCAGGUAGUUCAGACACAAACCACGGCAGCUUAUUGUAGAUUACUAUACCUACACUGGACCACCACGUUUGAGAUAUCUUCUUCAGGCAGUUCAGACACAAACCACGGCAGCUUAUUGUAGAAUACCUACAUUGGAUCUACACGGUUUGAGAUAUCUUCUUAAGGUAGUUCAGACUUCAGACACAAACCACGAAUACUACCUAGACUAGAAUUACAGAUAUGAGUGCAAUAAAUAAAAUUGAGAUUGAUGAAGAUUAAUUUUCUAGCUUCUUUAAGCGUGAAUAUUUCUUAGUUUACCAACCAUCUGCUGCCCUGUGUAACGCUUACUAAAACCUAUACCAAUUAUUUUUAUAACCAAUGUGAAAUAGCUUAUUUUAUACUUUCACAUUAGAGUUUCUUCCUUUGCCAUCUGUUAAAUGUAACUCGGCAUACCUUCGAUAAUGUCUAGCCAAGGAAUUCACCAUUUCCGUUUCAAAUUUUAACACCAUCAAAACGAAAUACGUUUUAUCUACAACGCUAGAUCCAUAUGGAUAAAUUUCAUGAGCAUAUAAUGACGAAGCAUUUGGGUACCUUCCAUUACUGACAUUUGGAAGAGUAUCAGUGAGUCCCAGUAUCACAGUAUGUGUUUAUACACGGCAACAGAUGGUGCUCAACUUCACAAAUGUUGAUACUUUCGGAGCAAGAAAAUUGAACUACAUCCUUCAAUUCGAUUCCCUUGCCUCAAAGUACAAGACUACAACAUAUAAUGAAAAGAAUGAACAUUAUUUUCUCACUCUGAUAACUGCAGGUUGACCCCCAUCUGCUGCGCGAUAGUGCUUUGUGAAACCUACCAGAUGUGGGACAUUCAUACAUGCCACUUAACACGAUAUACGCUUGCAGCCAGAUUAAAUUAGGCACUGGCUUAUCGAAUAAUUGGCAUAAAAAACGCGAAUUCUGGAACUUCGCAUUUGAUUUUACGAAGCUUGGAAGACAAUUCAAUCCAAGCUGUAAAAUGGAUAACAAUCCGUCAGAUGGAUAACAAUCCUUUUGUGAAAUUUAAAGUUGUGUUUUUUGCAUUUAAUUUUAGAAAUUCCGUUCAUUUUAAUAUUAAAUCAUUCAUUAUCCUAUGGGAAAAAGCACCAGCAAUUAAAGCGUUAAGUAUAUAAUAUACAUUUUAUUAGACUUAAUUUCCUGUGGUUUAAUAAAUGUCUCUUUUUGGGCGUUUACGAACGCAUGAAUGGCCAUAUUGACACGCUCAUUAUCACAAUCACGCCAACAAUGAGAACAAUUUGCCUUUAAAUGACGCUAUUUGUUCUUCGUUUUAAACAUAAUUGAAAAACAUUAAGCACAAAGCCUGCUUUCCAGAGAUGCGUUUUUCAUCCUGCGUAUACGCACCGAAAAGUUUAACUCGAGUCCCGGGAGCCGAAGGCAAGUGGUUGUAUAUUUCGUACAACAUUGACACGAAUGCAGUAUAUAUAGCGUCAUUACUACUUUCGCGUGUCAUUCACGAAUGCUUUAUAUAGCUUGUGAUUCGUCUUGAUGAAAACAUUCGUAUUCUUCAAUAUAAAUCUUGAAGACAUGAAUGACAGUAUUUGCCUGUUUGGUGAGAAAAAUGAAUUCAUAUUUUUGUAAAUCAACAGGAUUUUGUACGAGAUAUACAAGCGCAUUCACGGUUAUGAAAUGAAUGCAUUUUGCAACAUGUUAACAGUAAAACGAUCACGCGCACACGCGUACACAACGUGAGAAUUGAAAUUCCGUCAAUUCUAGACAAAAUACACUUAAAACCGUGAAAGAUAUUAAAUUUCCCGUGUGCACUGAUAACAAUGUUUAGAUUUCAUAAUGGAUUUCACGUUUCCGCGCCUUAUCAAUGCAGCAUUCUUCAAUUCAGCUGUGUAGAUCUUGCGCGAGACGACCUUGACAGCCAUUUGCAAACAAUGAUGGCUCAGAUUAAUAAAUCAUUUGAAUACCUCGUUGAUAAACGUUUUGGAAAACCCCCAGGGUGUUUUUGAAACAAGGAAAAUUAUUGACGAAGGGUUAAACUUGUCAAAGUAACCGAAUUGGUGUGGGAAUUUCAACAUAUCAUGAAAUAAAAAUAUUUUUGAUGAUAAUUUAGGCGACAAUACCAAAGGCAACAAAAUCUCGGGCAAAAUUAAACUUUUUUAUGAGGAAGCUAAAAUAUAUAAAGCUUGGAUACAUUUGAAACGUAUUCACUAUGUUUUUAUACACUAGUUUACAGUGAUAGAAUUUUGGAUUUAACUAGAAUGUAAACCUAUAUUCUAUUUCAAGUAUAUCGUGCCAAACCGCACGUAUACGUCUUUGUUUUCUGAGCACUAUGCCUACUAUGGGGUGACUUCUACGGACGGUACGAGACGGUUGAAGUGGAAAACGGGAGCUUUACACGACGCCGGUUGAGGAGUAAACAUUUAAUAAAACUAAUCUCAGGAUUAAGUGCAAACUGCAAAGUAAAUAUACACUGGUAUUAAAAAAUGUCUAAAGUGCUUUGCAGUGAUUGACAAAUUAACAUAAUUGCGAUAUGGCAUUCCAUAAUCACAUGUGCAUCAUCAAUCUCUCAUGGGUGCUGGUGGGUGGUACCACAGUUUAAUAGGUGGAGCAAAAGGUGGUACAGUAAAGUUUAGUUUAGGUUAAAGAUUAAUCAUCCAGUUUGGUUCAAGCUUAUCGUAUUUCUUUGAUUGUUUAGUUGUUAGGUUACUGUUUUCAAAACGACCAAGACACGACAGACAUCCAAAGUCGAGGAUUGACAGUUGUUACUGAACUGGGAACUCCGCUGAAUCUUAUGACUGUCUUACAGAUGGCGUGGCAUCAACGGUUUAGGGUAUGUAGGGAUACUAACGUAUACAGCAUCUCCAAAUUAUUUAAUUAAUAUAUUUUUGUCUCCAAAUACAAGACUACCACACACACAGCUCAAACCCUGGUCUCCAAAGUCUAGUGCCAAUGAAUCAUCAACUGAUUGAAAUCUUUCAUUAUUUCAGAUCGCAGUUGGCCUUGCAAGACUUAUGAAAUACUUCAGUGUUUCUCCCCUUGGUUCAUUGGUUAUUCGUGAUUUUCAGUUAAUACAAUUUGUCAUUAUUGACAACGAUAUUAAACUCUCAGACCUUGACGAUAUUGGCAACGAAGGACAUUCUUGUCAUUCAAACCAUGAUUGUGUAAUUGGUAACCAGACAUACAACAUCACCUUACCAUGUGUUAACAACGUAUGUCAGGGUUAUAAUGAAAAAUGGAACCUGUAUAAUCUAGAGAGGUUUUAUUUCAAAAUGUUUCUCCUGCCGGGGGCGCCAGAGCAUGUGGUGGAAGAUUUGGAGAACAUUGAAACCCAGGCUGCCUUGUUGAAGUACAAUAGUAAAGACUUGGUGAGCGACCUCGAGAGAGUGUUAGGGACGUUAAGGAAUGGUCAGGGAUUAGGUAUGGUACCAUACUUUCUUAUACUUUACUAUCCUAAUUUAUCCUUUACCAUCUAAUACUUGCUCAUUUUAUAUUUUCAUUUCAGAGAAGUACAGACCUCGUUACCAGUACAAAGCGAUACCUCGCGCAGAUUUCCCAGGUUGUCAUGACUACGAAUGUGGCCAUUCAAUCUCAUUGGUCAACUGUCAGGCUCUGGUAUUUGACGAAGUUGAGGCUAUGAGACAAUGUGAUGGUGAUUUUGAGUGCAAAGCUUUUGUUCUGUCAUAUGAGAAGACAUGGAUAGGUAACCUUUGUUAAAAUCCUCAAAUAAUUUGUGCUAAACUCGUACUGAAUAGCUCUAUCAGUUCUAAAGUGUUCUCUCUAGAGGUCCAGUAAGGGUCAUCUCUUAUUGAUCCAGUGUUACUACAGGAGGAAACCUUACCAAACUAACUUUAUUUACACUGGAUAUAGCUCUAUCGGUUCUAAACUGUUCUUCCUUGACGUCAAGUAAGAUUAAUCAUCUCUUAUUGAUCCAGUGUUACUACAGGAGGAAACAUAAACUAAACUAACUUUAUUUAUACUGGAUAGCUCUAUCAGUUCUAAACUGUUCUUCCUUGAUGUCCAGUAAGGAUCAUCUCUUAUUGAUCCAGUGUUACUACAGGAGGAAACCUAAACUAAACUAACUUUAUUUACACUGGAUAUAGCUCUAUCAGUUCUAAACUGUUCUUCCUAGAGGUCCAGUAAGGAUCAUCUCUUAUUGAUCCAGUGUUACUACAGGAGGAAACCUGACCAAACUAACUUUAUUUAUACUGGAUAGCUUUAAAUUAACUGUUGUACAGUGUUCUCCAUAGAAGUUGAAUACAAUCCCUUAUUGGUCUGGAGAAGACUUGUGAUCAGGGGUGGAAAAAUAGGCGAGCACUGCUCGCAGGAAAUGUUAAACAGCUGCAGGAAAUUCGUUUGAAUGAAGAUUUGCUAUUGUCUCACUAUGGGCGCAACAACAUAUGAUUGACAGACAUUAUUCCUUGAAUUUAAAACCAUGGUCAGCUAGAACACUAUAUGUUUAUGUACAUAUUUAGCACAAAAAUACACGGUUGGUCUGCAGGAAAUUUUUGUCUCCAGGUUGUGCUCCCAGGAAGAAAAUUCUUUUUUCCUGCCCUGCCUAGCUGUGAUGUUUGGUAGAAUCGAACUUGGGAAGAGCUCUCUUCACAAAUGUGACUGAAGUGAAAUUAUAAUCAGGUAACUGCAUGGAACUCCUGUUACAGAGGUUCAUGAAAGUCAGAUGCGCAAAACUGGCUUGAUACUCCGGCUACGCGCACUAACUACUGUGCCACCGAACUUAUAGUUAACCAAGACUUGAUGUGUUCCAGGUUAUAAUUGGGUGUAUUUCAAGAAUAACUCAACUGGCAUGGUGUUCAGCGCUGACAACAUUGUCUACAUCAAAGAUACGUGAGACCAUUUGAAAAAUCCUGGAAAAAGACUCAGCAAUGGAGUGCGAAGAUUGAUGGAAACACAAGAACGGAACCUAACACAUUGUUCUGGCUGUGAGGGUGGAGGUGAAGAUCCUCGAGAUUGUCGAAGACUCGAAGUUGGUAGUUGCAGGAUGAUUGAGCAGUGAUCUCACCAGAAGGAGGCGAAUUAAGUGUAUGGGGCGAUCUGCAUUCACCAUUCACCAAUCCUACUUUGUGCAAAACAGGAUGAUAAACCCAAUCACAUCACAACAACAUGGCGAUAUAACCAAUCACAACAACAUUGUCAACAUGACGAUAAAAUCAAUUUAUUUGAUUGCAGUACAGUUUGAUUUAUAAUUAAGAGUAUCAAAAGCCCCGUUUACACUACGCUCAAUUUUUGGUACGGCACGGACAAAAUUGGUACCCAUACCACUUUUUUGGUUCUUGGACUACCUAUUUAGCUUUGCCCCGUUUACACUACGCUCAAUUUUUGGUACCGUACCACUUUUUGGUUGUUGGACUACCUAUUUAGGUAGUCCAAGAACCAAAAAGUAGUACGGGUACCAAUUUUAUCCGUGCCGUACCAAAAAUUGAGCGUAGUGUAAACGGGGCUAAAGACUCCGAUCAGCACUUUUUAAACCACAAGUUUUAUAAGAUUAUUUUUGUGUAACAUGGAACAAUGUCGACAUUAGACACUAAAAUAUUUGUUGAUGGAGGCUGGUCCUUCGUAAAUUUUGUAAAAUGAAUAAAAAUUGACUGGUGC